AUGUUUGAAAGUGUGAAGAACUUACAUGCUCCAUCUAAUCAUGUCAUACUUCAUGUUUGUAUCACAAAUAUUGAAGGUCUAUCCAUUUCUUCUGACAUAUGGGUUUCAAAAUUUGGGGUUUUUAUGGGAUUUGAAGUUAUGGAGAUGCAAGGUGCCCUCAAGGUGCUCGAUGAAAUGCCAGACUGUGAGAUCCAGAAAAGUACCUUAUUUUGCGGGAAAAGUCAACUACAGUCAGCUCUUGCAAAGAUCUUAUUAAAGAAGGGAGCAAAACGUAUAGAAGAUUUAAUGUCCCAAUAUAAGAUUCCCGAUGUUAAAAAACCUCGCUAUGUUCGUGUCAAUACUCUAAAAUUGGAUGUUGAAACUGCUGUGUCUGAAUUAAGCAAAGAUAAUAUGGUCGAGAAGGAUGACAUGAUUCCCGAUUUAUUAGUGCUUCCACCAGCUACUGAUUUGCACAAUCAUCCUUUGGUCACAAACGGAAGUGUAUUUAUGCAAGGUAAGGCAAGUUCCAUGGUGGCAGUUGCCCUUGGGCCUAAACCAGGGUGGGAAACAUUGUUACUAGAGUUCAUGCAUGGAGCCUCCGAAGGGGAAGUUGUUGACGAUUUGUUUUCUGCUUAUAUGAAUCUUGAAAAUCUUGACACAUUAAACUCUUCUGGAACUGACGAUAAACAAGGAACUGAGAAUCGUGAAGAUUUAGAUAGUCGAGCUAGUGGAACAAAAACAGAUGGAGGUGAUAGCAGUGAUAAUGAAGCUGCAAGUAGUGUUAAGGAUAAAGGGAUUAAACGGAGUGCAGGUGGAGACAUUGCUCCAACAACAAGGCAUUAUAGAAGGGCUGAGCUCAAGAAAAUCAUGGCUAAUGAGAAACUUGCAGAGAUUGCUUUAUCUGAUCCCAAACAAGCCAAAAGGAUUUUGGCAAAUCGACAAUCUGCUGCAAGAUCAAAAGAGAGGAAAAUGCGUUACAUUACAGAAUUGGAGCACAAGUUUGGUUAUGCAAAAGUAGAUCGACGAGGUCUUGUUAUGCUGACAUUUCAGCCUGCUAUUGGUGAGCGCAAAUGUGAUUCAGAAAAAGAAACAGCUGUAGCAAAAAAUAUCUUGAAAACAAACGAACGAUUAACAGUUCCUUUUCUUGCAGAAACUUUGGAUGUUGUUCAAGACAUUGAUUGGGUCAUUUCUCUUGGAAAUGCUUUUGCAAAGAAGUAUGAGCUUUAUACAUACGAUGAUGAGCAUUCUGCACUACUUCACAGGAACCAACCAGAAAUCGUAGCUCUCGAAAACUCCCUCGAACAAUGA